AUGGAGGCUUCAGCUGGGGAGGAGAAGAAAUUGCUCAUGUAUGCACGUGUACUCGGAUACAUGAUCCUCGAGGCUCCGUCUAAAUCCGGAUCCUUGUUCAUUGCGCGUGAGAUAAUAGAGUGGCGGAAGAAUAAGUGGGAUUUGAACUUGCUGGCAGAAUUUUAUGUGCAUUAUAUCUUCGGAGCUUUCACCCGCCGCAGAAAUGAAUUUACUGAUGAACGCGUGUAUUAUUCCUUCGAGGAAGAGGAUUUGUAUGGUACUCCAGACCCAUAUCCGAGGGAUGAAAAUUCGGCUAGACGUACCACUGAAUGCUCAAAGACACUCGGAGACCUUCUAUAUGGAUUCAGUGGCAUUCCCGUCGCUACUGAUCUUAGUGGUGAUAUGGUAUAUGACAUGUCGAACAGCAUUGCAUUAGCAUACAUGACUAGAGAGCACUUUAACGUUCUCGCUCUUUGGCUUGAGGAAGUUCCAGACAAACCCAACACAUAUCUUGUGCAAGCAUACCGUGAGGGAAUAGUCGAUGAUGACCCACCAGUGAUCACAUUCACAACACCAUCCAAUAUCAAUAUACCGCUACCAAACUCAGAAUACCUCCGCCUCCAUGCAUCUUUGGCCCGAAUUGCGCAUUUGUCGGGUGUAUACCAAUAUCUUGACAAUCUACCCAUGUUCGUGGAGACGCUUGAUUCGGAAGGCAAUUCGGGGGACAUUUUGAUGGCGAGGCUUUCUCGUGCGGUGUUGAGCGGUUGUAAAUGUGUCACUUGGAUAGACGUUGAUGAUGAUGACUCUAAAUGA